UAGCCGACAAAAGGCUGCAUAGCAACCCCCAAGCGUGUCAUCGCUGUACAGGGAUUUUACCCGGUGUGGCUUCAGCACUCUCUUGCUGUCUGUCGGUCGUUUCGGGGCAAAAAUGGCGCGAGUGCAUACUUGAACAAUAAGGAUGGAACCAUCCUUCUCACUCUCAUACCCUAUGCAUCACAGAUUCAACUUUUCCCAGUUCUUCCUCAUGCUCCUCCACAACACAAACCCAAAAUGACCGAAAUCGACGCCCUCAGGUUUGGACACUCCCAAUCCGGACUCGGUAUACAGUGCGCCACCCCCCGCCUAUCAUGGAGGACAUCUAGCCCCAACCCGAACGUGCACAACUGGACCCAGACGGCCUACGAAAUCGCCCUGAAAGCACCGGGCGAGAGCCACCAAGCCGACGACGGAGGCCAGGUCUACCACGUCGACAGCGCCAACUCAACAUGGGUGCCCUGGCCGGGGCCUCCGCUGCGCUCCCGGGAACGCAUGCAAGUCCGCGUGCGCGCCCACGGCACCUGGAUCGAGAUCGAAGAUGACGGCGGCACUCCGGAGAAGGAGCAGCCGCGGCAGCAAGCCGGCUUCACCGCAUGGUCGGCAUGGGGCACCGUGGAAUGCGCGCUGCUCAGCAAGUCAGACUGGGCCGCUGUUCCAAUCGUCCACCCGGCGGUGGGAGACGCGCACACUCCGCUUAGACCGGUGGUGUUGCGGAAGACCUUCGACCUCCCUCCGGACUUUGGGCAUGUGGAACGCGCCAGGCUUUAUGUGACUGGGCUGGGCCUGUACCGGGUUUAUCUAAAUGGGAAGCGCGUCGGUGAUCAUGAGCUGGCGCCUGGUUGGGCUAGUUAUAGCCAUCGCUUGGCGUAUCAGGUGCAUGACGUCUCUGCUGCGGUUGCUGCGCGGAAUGUUCUCGGUGUUGAAGUUGCUGAGGGCUGGUAUGCUGGGAGGCUUGGGUUCAAUGGGGGUAGGAGGUGCUUGUAUGGGGAGCGGAUUGGUGCGUUGGUUCAGUUGGAGGUUGUGGGUGCGAGGAAGGAGGAGGUACUGCGGGUGGUCUCGGAUGGUAGUUGGAGGUGUAACUUUAGUUCCCUUGUACGGAGUGAGAUCUAUGAUGGUGAGUUGUACGAUAUGCGCCAGGAGCUGGGGAAUUGGCUUGGUGAUCCUGAUUAUGAGGAGGAAGAGGAGGCGGCUUGGAGGCCCGUCGUCUCGCUUCCGUUGCCUGCGGCGUCUUUGGUCGUCCCUCGCGCGCCUCCUGUGCGUGUUACGCAGCGGGUUGCGCCUCGGCGUCUAUUCGCUACCCCUUCCGGACGCUUGGUUCUUGACUUCGGGCAGAAUCUGGUGGGUAAGCUCCAUGUUCGAAGGCUUGACCUCCCCGCCGACGCGGAGGUGAGGUUCACUCAUGCGGAGGUGAUGGAGAAUGGGGAGCUGGGUGUACGUCCGCUGCGCCAGGCUAAAUGCACCGAUGUGAUCGUUUCCUCCGGCGACAUCCUCACGGAGUGGUCGCCGAAGUUCACCUUCCAUGGAUUUCGCUUUGUGCAGGUCGAUGGCUGGGAUCCCCGUGCCUCCUCGCUUGCUUGGCAGGAGAAUAUCGCCGCGUUGGUCUUACACACGGAUUUUGCUGCUGCCGGGGACUUCGAGUGCUCGCACGACGCCAUCAACCAGCUGCAUUGCAAUGCUCGCUGGAGCAUGCGAGGUAACUUCGUCUCCAUCCCCACCGAUUGUCCCCAGCGGGACGAGCGUCUCGGCUGGACCGGCGAUAUCCAGGUCUUCAGCCCGUCGGCCACCGUCUUGUACAACUGCGAAGGGAUGUUAGCGGAUUGGAUGGAGGAUGUAGCUGCGGAGCAGCACGACGACGGGGGCGUGCCGCCGCUCGUUGUGCCGAACGUGCUUCAACACGUCUGGCCCCCGAUGCCGCAAGCCGUGUGGGACGACGUGGUGAUCAUCCUGCCCUGGGUACUAUAUCAAGCCUCAGGCGACGCGGAGAUCCUCCGUCGGCAGUACCCCAGCAUGACAGCCUGGCUGGACCAGGGGGUCAGACGCGGCGAUGAUGGCCUGUGGGAUCCAGAUCACUGGCAACUAGGUGACUGGCUGGACCCGCAAGCGCCGUCAGACGAGCCAGGAGACGGACGUACCAGCGGCGUACUAGUGGCAGAUGCCUACCUGGUGCACGUCACCAGGAUCCUCGCACAGAUCAGCAAGCUUCUCAACCAGGACGCCGACGCCGCACAUUACCAAGAACAGUCCGACCGCCUCCUCCACGCCUUCCACGCCAAGUACGUGACCCCGAAGGGCCUGGUAGCCGGGGACACCCAGACCGCAUACGCUCUGGUCGUGGUCUUCGGCCUGAUCGACUCGCAAUCCCAGCGUAAGACAAUCAGCCACCAGCUCUCACGCCUGGUGCGUAUGGCCAAGUUCCGCGUGGCUACGGGUUUCGCUGGCACCCCAAUCAUCCUGCAAGCCCUCCGCGACAGCGGCAAUCUCAGCCUGGCGUAUCGCAUGCUGCUCGAGGAUAAGUGCCCGUCGUGGCUCUACCCCAUCUCCCAGGGCGCCACGACCAUCUGGGAACGCUGGGAUAGUCUAUUGCCUGACGGAUCGAUCAACCCCGGCGAGAUGACCAGCUUUAAUCACUACGCCCUCGGCUCGGUCGUCCAGUGGCUUCAUGAGACGGUCGGCGGGUUGAUCCCCCGCGAGCCAGGCUGGAAGUCCGUCCUUGUCUCGCCUCAGCCAGGCGGGCCCUUGACCUACGCCGCUGUUUCGCAUGAUUGUGCGUACGGGCGAUGGUCCUGUCGGUGGGAUUUGGUGCCUCUUGAGGGUGCGGGUGAGGAUGAGGGAGAGGAAGAGGGUAAGUGUGGGCAAAGGAUUAAUCUGCUGAAGGUCGAGCUCGAUGUCCCCCUCAAUGCCACGGCCAUCGUUCGCCUGGGCUCCGAGGCUGAGAAGCAUGUCGGGUCCGGCCAUUAUCGUUUCCAGGUCCCGUUUGUGCCGCUGCCUUACCCGCUUGAGCCUAUUGCGCCGUUUAUCACUAAUCCUGGCCAGGGUCUCUGAGAGCGAUUGGUAAGUGCACUUGCGGGUACUGUGGCUUUACUCCAAGCGGCACUAGGCGAUGUUGUCUUUGGUCCUCUGGAGUUAAGCGGAGGUAAAUAUACCUCAUAGCAUUGUAGUUGGG